UUAAUUUUCUUAUUACUUGAACAUGAAUUCUGGGUUACUUCUAGUUUGAUUAGUUUUGUCUAUUUAAUCGCAUUACUGUCCUCUCUGUGCAUUUUAGAAUCAUUCAUGACUCUGUUAUCACAAUAAGCGUUGGAAAUCACAAAAAUACUAUGAACCCAGCUCCUGCAUUUCAUGAUUAUUGCUCAAUUUUGCUUAAGCUAGCUUGGCAGUGGUUACUUUAGGUGUUAACUGGGUGGGGCUAGUUGUGGCGCAUAUUAACAUAAGCUUGACAUUGCAUGCUAACGUGCGCCGGUUUCUGUUGCCGUAGCGGUGGCGUUACUGAGGUGUUUUUCUUCUCUCUAAAGCUGGUGUGAUCAGUGGGGUUAGAUUCGUUUGCUGAUUUUUUUGUAUCGCCUUUCUGGGGUUUAUCUCCAGCACACGUUAGAUCGUCAGCCUUGUGUUUUAUUGGCUGCUUUUUUUAUGAGUGCGGUGUUCACCGGCGUACGUUAGAUCCGGUCAGCACUGCUUUAGCGAUCUUGUUUCCUUUUUUAGUCUGGGUGAUGUCAGUGUUUUUGCUUUCUCGCGUGAACCACAAGAUUCUCUCUUUUCUUUCUUCUUUCCUUCUUUUGCCAACCAACUUUAAGACUCACUUUGGUCUGUUAGAGAGAACAUGGAGCAGCAGCACAGACCUCCUAAGAAGACCAAAAUGCCCUUGAAAACAACAUGAGAACCGUAGCAUGUGGUAAAGGGUCAUCUUGACUGUAGGGGUCUGGGGCUCUCUUUCAUAGAUUUGGUUGAGUUGCUUUUAGUUCCUUGCCAGUAGAAAUGCAGACCCUUUUUUCAGUUCUGUUCAGUUUCCCAUUUGGGAGGUGUUUCUGCUGGUGAUAGUGUUGCUGCUUCUUUUGUGGAGUUCCACUGGAGUUCAAUUACUGUUCUUCAAGUUGAGAAUAAAUUUACCUGCUCUGGUCAUUUUAUAAAGCCUUCUUCAGUUGUAGACACGUGUUAGAGCUCCUAUCUUUGCAUCCUGACACUGCUUUGUCAAAUGCCAUUGGAAACUGACUCGUCCCUGUUACUAGUUUGGUUGAAACUUUAGGCGCUGUUCUUAAAUUGGAUACUGGCACGCACCGAGGAUAUGCUUGGAUGCAAACCUGUAGAACGCAUGGACAUUCUUGGUGUUUCUGCAACAACAAGUCCAUGCUCCUCGUACCACCCUAGCCCUUGUGCUUCCUACAACCCAAGUCCUGGAUCCUCUUCCUUUCCCAGUCCAGCUUCAUCCUCAUACGCUGCUAAUGCCAAUAUGGAUUGCAAUUCCCUCAUACCAUGGCUCAAAAACCUCUCAUCAGCAUCUUCAUCAGCUUCCUCCUCUAAGUUUCCUCAUCUCUACAUCCAUGGUGGCUCCAUAAGUGCUCCUGUUACUCCUCCUUUGAGCUCUCCAACAGCUCGAACCGCUCGAAUAAAAGCUGACUGGGAAGACCAAUCUAUCCGCCCAGGCUGGGGUGGGCAGCACUACUCCUUCUUGCCAUCUUCAACUCCACCGAGUCCUGGCCGCCAAAUUGUUCCCGAUCCAGAAUGGUUUAGGGGGAUUCGAAUACCACAAGGCGGUCCAACGUCUCCCACAUUCAGCCUAGUUGCCUCCAACCCAUUUGGCUUCAAGGAAGAGGCUUUUGGUGGUGGUGGAUCCAAUGGUGGAUCCCGCAUGUGGACUCCAGGUCAAAGUGGUACAUGUUCACCUGCCAUUGCAGCUGGCUCUGAUCAUACAGCUGAUAUUCCCAUGGCCGAGAUUUCAGAUGAGUUUGCAUUUCGAUGUAAUGCAACUGGUCUAGUGAAGCCAUGGGAAGGAGAGAGGAUCCAUGAAGAAUGUGGAUCAGACGAUCUAGAGCUUACGCUUGGGAACUCAAGAACCAGGUGAGCUGGCAUGAUAUUUGAUUAAAUAGAUCAAUUCUACUGUUGUUUACUUGAAUCUUGUUGAAAUGCAGAUAAACAAUUGCAAAAAUGAAAAUUCCCGAGUGAACUUCCUUGCAUGAACUUUCAUUCUAUGUUUUUACUACUGAGUUGUAUAAGGGAUCUUGGUGAGUAAUUAGCCGUUGCUGCUCUCUGCUUGUUUAUUUAUUUUUCACUGUUUGCUUUAACUUUUGUCUGGAUAACACAUAGAUAGUGCUUCAAAGUGAGACGUGGUUUCACCCUUUCACUUGGUUAGUUUCACUCUAAAUUCUAUUGGAAGAACUGCUUCAACCGGUCUUCUUCCUUCAGUUUCUGGUUUGCCAUUGAAGAGUAAUGCUCAGUGACUCAAGUGAAUGGAAUUGUAAUUCAAUGCUUUUUGUGUAUUCUUUGGCAUUGAAAUGUAUAGUUCAUAUUAUCAUUUUCA